UCCCAGAGCUCGGUGGUUUAAAGAUGGCGGCGGCGGCGCUGGGGACGCGGAGCCGCGGGAGGAGGAGGGGGAAGGAGGGUCUGUGAGUCGCCGAGAGGCAGCGUGAGGAGUGCGGGUGCGGAGCCGCCGGCCACCCGGCUCCCCAGGGCCGGGGCCAGGACUGGCACGGAGGCCGAAGCAACCCCAGGAGCCCGAGGCCGGAGCCGAGGAGGAAUGUGACCGGGGGUCGGCGGGGGCGCGGGAGUUGGCGAGCGCCGGGAUGGGGCAGCAGGUGGGCCGCGUCGGGGAGGCUCCCGGGCUUCAGCAGACGCAGCCCCGCGGGAGCCGGGGCAGCAGUGCGGCCAGGCCCUCCGGCCGCCGGCGGGACCUGGCGGGGCGCACCACGGAGGCCGGCUUCAAUAUCUUCACCCAGCACGAUCACUUUGCCAGCUGUGUGGAGGAUGGAUUUGAGGGAGACAAGACUGGAGGCAGUAGUCCAGAAGCCUUGCACCGCCCCUAUGGUUGUGAUGUUGAACCCCAAGCACUGAACGAGGCCAUCAGGUGGAGCUCCAAGGAAAACUUGCUGGGAGCCACUGAGAGUGAUCCUAAUCUCUUUGUUGCACUUUAUGAUUUUGUAGCAAGUGGUGAUAACACACUCAGCAUCACUAAAGGUGAAAAGCUACGAGUCCUUGGUUACAAUCAGAAUGGUGAGUGGAGUGAAGUUCGCUCUAAGAAUGGCCAAGGUUGGGUGCCAAGCAACUACAUCACCCCAGUAAACAGUCUGGAAAAACAUUCCUGGUACCACGGACCUGUAUCACGCAGUGCAGCUGAGUAUCUACUCAGCAGUUUAAUCAAUGGCAGUUUUCUGGUGCGAGAAAGUGAGAGCAGCCCCGGACAGCUGUCCAUUUCGCUCAGGUACGAGGGGCGCGUGUAUCACUACAGGAUCAAUACCACCACAGAUGGCAAGGUAUAUGUGACCGCUGAGAGCCGCUUCAGCACCUUAGCAGAGCUUGUCCACCAUCACUCCACAGUGGCUGAUGGGCUGGUGACAACAUUGCACUACCCCGCACCUAAGUGUAACAAGCCUACAGUUUAUGGUGUGUCCCCCAUCCAUGACAAAUGGGAAAUGGAACGAACAGAUAUUACCAUGAAGCACAAGCUUGGGGGUGGUCAGUAUGGAGAGGUUUACGUUGGCGUCUGGAAGAAAUACAACCUGACGGUUGCUGUGAAAACAUUGAAGGAAGAUACCAUGGAGGUGGAGGAGUUCCUGAAAGAAGCUGCAGUGAUGAAGGAAAUCAAACAUCCUAAUCUGGUACAGUUAUUAGGUGUGUGUACUUUGGAGCCACCAUUUUACAUUGUGACUGAAUACAUGCCAUAUGGGAAUCUCCUUGAUUAUCUCCGAGAAUGCAACCGAGAAGAGGUGACUGCAGUUGUACUGCUUUACAUGGCCACUCAGAUCUCUUCGGCAAUGGAGUAUUUAGAGAAGAAGAAUUUCAUCCAUAGAGAUCUUGCAGCUCGGAACUGCCUAGUGAGAGAAAACCAUGUGGUAAAAGUGGCUGACUUCGGCUUAAGUAGAUUGAUGACUGGAGACACCUACACUGCUCAUGCUGGAGCCAAGUUUCCUAUUAAAUGGACAGCACCAGAGAGUCUUGCCUACAAUACCUUCUCAAUUAAAUCUGAUGUCUGGGCUUUUGGGGUACUGUUGUGGGAAAUUGCUACCUAUGGAAUGUCACCAUAUCCAGGUAUUGACCUGUCUCAGGUCUAUGAUCUACUGGAAAAGGGAUAUCGAAUGGAACAGCCUGAAGGAUGCCCCCCUAAGGUUUAUGAACUUAUGAGAGCAUGCUGGAAGUGGAGCCCUGCUGACAGGCCCUCUUUUGCUGAAACACAUCAAGCUUUUGAAACCAUGUUCCAUGACUCCAGCAUUUCCGAAGAGGUAGCUGAGGAGCUUGGGAGGGCUGCCGCCGCCUCAUCUGCCGUUCCCUACCUGCCCCGAUUACCUAUUCUUCCUUCCAAGACCCGGACACUGAAGAAACAGGUGGAGAACAAGGAGAAUAUCGAAGGGUCCCUAGAUGCCCCCGACAAUUCUGCUUCCAGUUCAGCACCAGCCCGAGGCUCUCCCCUGCUGUGCUCACAGAUACAAGCUGCUCAGCUUCCCUCUGAGAGUAGCGACCGGAAAGGCGGCCCCACCCGCCACAGGCUUCAAGUGGACGGCUUGACACUGAGGCCACUGCACUGGAAGAACAGAAGCUGAGGUCUGGGGCCUCCUCCUGCAAAGGUCUGUACACAAGAGACAUUGUCCGGCCUUGUCACCCUGCCUUGCUCCCUUUUGACAAACGCUGGGUGCCGGGAGCCCAGAGGGGUGCUGAGGUUCUCUCCGUUGACUUCCAUGUGUAUGUGACUCCAGGACAGUGUGGCAAGUGCUAAUGUAGGAGAAAACUUCAGAGGGAGGGGAAGUUUAGGAGGCACAACUCAGAGGAUGAGUGAGAAAGGUCAUUAAAGAAAACAUCGGUUUGCCUUGAGCUGCCUCGCCCUAACAGAAGUGGAAUAGAGAAGGAUGGCGACAUGUGCCUAUGACAUCAUUAAGCAACUAGAAUUUCAGGUCUGAAGCACAGGAAAGAGGACUGGGUUAGAGAUAUGGAGAAAAAGGGUGAGAAGAAAUCUUAGUGGCACCAACAGGGACGCUGGGAAGGAGGCAGGACACCUGGAGUUGGCAGAGCUGCCUCCCUCUCUUCCCUCUCCUCGGGCUCCUGCAGCUCCUAAGCCAGCCAGGCUCUCCCUAGGAAGCUCUGCCUGGCUCUCUGAAGCUCCCAGGUACAUUAACUCAAGUGUCUGUUCGUUUGAGUGCGGCCUGUGUGCCAGGCUCUGGGGCACAGAGAAGCAGCUGACUGGUUCCAUCCAUGCCUAGCAGGUAAGCUGACCAACUAGCCAAGUGACCCAGUGCCUCCUUGCCCAGCUGGCAGGCCUGUCAGCAACAAGGGGAGUCCCUGUCCCAUUGCGUAAGUUCAGUUGCACGUAGGGAAGCUUCUGCCCCAAGGCCUGCCAGGGAGGUCAUCGCUGCACACGCAAGUGGCUGCACUUGCAUCGGCUGAGAUAAGACCUGCCCACAGAUUGCCCCAUCAAGGGCAAGGGGGGCAUGUGUAGGACUUGCGUACGUGGCUCCAGGAGCACAGAUUCCAGUGCCUUCCCAGUUUCUGCCCGAAGCCAUUUACCUGACACGAAGUUUCUGGAGAGCAGGAGCUUAGCCUGUUUAUGUGACCACCGUGCAUAGCACAUAGCAGGCGCUCAGUGGAUAGUUUUGUCACCACUUCCCUCCAAAUUUCUCCUCCUGUUUUGUAGCCAUCAUCUCACCAUGACAUAACCCGGGCCCCUUCUCUGUUCACUCUCCUAGUCCUUAGGCUGCUGCACUGGCACCAACUUUAGACAGGGGUUGCCUUCCUCAACCUCCCAGGUCACCUGCUGACAGGGUCUGAAGGGACCAGUCACCUCUAGAGCCUAGCCCUGGCUCUGGGGUAGGGCAAGAUGUAAUCUCAACAGCGCUCAGAGCCCCAUAGGCCUUUCCAGAACACUCAUCUCUGAAUCUUCAUUUCCUCAUUUGUAGACAACUUAAGAUACCCUCCCUAGGUUCUACAGUCAACAUACAUGCAUUUUUUUCUUCCCUGGGGUACAAGUCCUUCCUUUCUCUUCUUUUCCUGACAACAGUGCAGAGAGAACAGCCAUGAACGUCCCUCUCUACCGCUGCAGUGAGAAGUGGACAGUCCCUUUGCUCUCGGGAGUUCCAAGGUCCUGCCUGUGGCCACCUGGAGCCUUCCAUGCUUGUAGAAUAGGUGGAGGCAGGCAGUGUGAGUGUUCUGGCCCAGAAGACUCGGCCCCCACACGUCCUGUUUCAAGCACCACCUCCUCCUGCCAUCAUACUCCACACAGAUGGUGAAAAACCACCACCAGCUUACCUCCAACAGCAGCUCUGGGAAAUGUUUCAGGAUGAAACUGCUGUGAAUUGCUCACACUAGAAGUCUGAAUCAGCUGUGUUUUUCUUUCAGAUAGAGGAGUCCUUACACAUUCUAGAAAUCAAGCCCAGAAACUUGUUAAAGAGAAAAACCAGAGUCACUGUGCUAAAAGCCCCAUGGCACCAAGCCUGGACUUCUCUGGUCAGUACCAAUGAGGUAACCUGUCACAGGCCCUCUUCCAUCACCAACGGAAGCUGGCCCUGCCAGAAACAGUCCUUUGUUUUGCCAGCUUUCAUGUCCUGCCCAGUUUUGCUUAUAAAAAGCAUUCGUUGUCCAGAUUCUCAGAGCAUCUCUGUUUACUAGAUGGGAUGCUGCCUGAUUCAGGAACAGCUUAAUAAAGCCUAUUAGCUCUUCAAAUUUACUCAAUUGAAGUUUAGUUCUUUAACAGGUUUAAAUACACUGUCUUCCCCUACCCAUCACUGAAUAACUGAAACCUUCAAGGUUUAAAAGGUGGCAACCUUGCUGGCCCUUGGGUGGUGGUAUCUGGCCCACCUGCCACCAGUGUGGUGUCCUCCCUCAGGGCACAUAGGCCCACAGGGCACCUUUUCCCUGCCCUGCCUCCACCAUUCAUGGUCUGUCUGGGUCACUGGAGGGGGAGGCGGGGGAAGGGCAUGGAGCGGGGGUGUCAAGACCAAAAUACUACAGUGGCAAACAUUUACAUUUGUUUAGAGAUACAGCAGGGUCACCUUAGAAAUCCUGGCACAGGUGCUGAGAACUGAGCCGAGCCCAUGUGGAGGAACAGUCAGCUGCAGCCACAAGGCAGAGUUGGCUCAGGUGAAGGGAGAGGAAGGAGAAGCUAUGCACAAAGUCAAAGGAUUUCUACAAAAGCAAAAGAGAAUCACGAGCUGGUCACCAGAAUCCUUCCAUGGGGGAAGGACUGGUGUCUGCAGCAGAUCAGAGGGUUCCCUGGACGCCCACCACCUGGCAGGGCUUAGGUGGAGAAGCCAUCAGGAGCCUCCAGGCUGCCUCAGAAGGUGGUCAAUAACACAGAGCCAAUCAUAUCAGCAAAUCUGCUUUUCUCUUAAAACCACCUUGGUCGGCCUCCUGCCCUUCACACUCUCCAAACCUGUAUGCACCCUAAAGCUGGGGGAAAUCCCCUAGCAAGCAGGUACUAGCACGGGGAGGGAACAACUGGUUUGUCUUCCACUGAGUGCAAGAAGCGGCUUGUGAAGCAUUCCAGUUGGGCCAACAGGGACCCAGACUUUAACAGACCUUGGGCAGUACAUUCCCAGUUGGAGCCUCCAUAAAAUAAGAAGGUUGGACAAGUCGAUUUCUAAGCCUGUUUUCAGCAUAGCCUUUUCCAGAGCCUGGAGCACAGCACAAAACAGGAAAGGUCCUGUGUGCUGGGCUUACAAAUAGAGAGAGAGAGAGAGAGAGUGCUUCUCAUUCACCCUAUGAUCCCAGUAACUUCCUCUCAUGAUCAGAGAAGAAAAAGACUUUACAAGGAUGGGGAGAGAACACACCAUGUUGGAGUUAGUGGGAAACUACCCUCUGGGUCUACAUUAAGAAUUUUCCAAGGUAGUUUGUACUUGAUUUUGAACUUAUUGGCUGACUUGAAAAUUUAAUGCCCUAAGAGGGGAUUCCCAGUAUAUGAAUUACAUUUCAAACUAUAUUACGAAGUUACAGUGUGAUACUGGCAUAAAAACAGACCCAUAGAUCAAUGGAAUAGAACACAAAACUCAAACCCACACGUAUAUGGUCAAUAUAUGACAAAGGAACCAAGAAUAAAUUAAUGGGAAACUAGACCAUUAACUUAUACCGCACAUAAGAAUGGACUCGAAAUGGGUUAAAUACUUGACUGUAAGAUCUGAAGCUCUAAAAUUCCUAGCAGAAAACUUAGGUGGUAAGCUUCUUGGUCUUCAUAAUGGUCUUUUUGGAUCUGACACCAAAAACAAAAACAAGCAAAACAGACUCAAAAGCUUCUGUACAACAAAGGAAACCAACAAAAGGAAGAGGCAACCUACUGAAUUGGAGAAAAUACUUGUAAGUCAUAUAUCUGAUGGGUUAAUAUCCAAAAUAUAUAGAGAACAUAACUCAAUAGCAAAAAAAUACACAUCCCAAACAAGCAGAUUAAAAAAUGGGCUGAGGAUCUGAAUAGAUAUUUUUCCAAAGAGGAUAUACUGAUGGCCAACGGGUACACAAAAAGAUGCUCAACAUCACUAAUCAUCAGGGAAGUGCACAAUGAGAUAUCACAUACCUGUUAGAAUGGCUGUUAUCAAAAGGAUGAGGUAAAUGCUGGUGAGGAUGUGGAGAAAAGUGAACCCUUGUGUACUUGGUGGGAUUGUGGACUGGGGGUCUGAGGGGAAUCCCACCAUCCUGAGAACAAUGCGGGAGGCUAGAUGAGAGGCAGCUGCUCUUCCCCAUGCCAGUCCCCUGAGUUUGUACUUAGCUGGCCGUGGAGGGGGGGUGGGGACCACAGUCCUUCAGAAGUGCCCUGGGGUAGAAUCGGGGCAGGAGCCGGAGACUUAAGGCUACCCCCCCCCCCCCCCGCCCCCGGUGGUGACACCCCAAGCAGCUAGGUUUCUAUGUUCUCAACUACAGUUGUAUUGGUUUCCCCUGUGGAAAAGGGUCAGCAGUCUAGGAGAGCACAGAAGCCCUCUAUGCACACACAGCACCCAGACAGAGGUUCUUCCUCCUGGUUUUCCUCAGACCUUACCUGAGAAAAAGAAAGAUGGUUCUCGAGGACUCAGCCCUGUGGUUCUCCAGGACCUGGCGUUCCAGAUGUGGCCCGAGGGCCUCCAGCAGUCCUGGGUGCAGCUUCUCAGCCUCAUCAAAAAUGAACAGGGUCUGGUGGCAGUGCUCCUGCGUCUUCCUCACCUGUUCUGUCAGCUGCUCCUGCACAGAAUACAGGGAGCAGCUGGGGACCCCUGGGAAGCACAUUCAGCCCGGAUGGCCCUGGUGAGGCCCCUUUCACCCUGGGGAAGCACCUGCAGUGGGUUCCCUCGGGCUUGGUUCUACCCUGGAAUUACCAAAUUCAAACUGGUGAAGGUGGGGCUAGCCUGGGAGAGGGAGAAGGUGAGGGCCUUGCCUGCCCUUGGUAACAGGCCCUGCUCCCUCCCCUCCAGGAAGAGGUCCCAGAACUAACAGCCAACUCACCCUCCCCAAGGGGUGGGAAUCAGGCUCCGAUACAAGGGUCAUAGGUAGAGACAAGCUCAAGUGCCAGAGGCGGCCACAGUCCCAUCUUGAACUUCCAGGAGCAGAGUGCCCACUGGGCUAACUCGGGGAGGAGCCUGGGAAGGACCUAUCUGGGUCUACUUGGCCUACUUGGAACUGGGGCUCCCCAUUCAGGCAAGAAUAGUUCUCAGUUGAAAAGAUGCCACUUUGUGGGGUUCACCAGAUCGGGGCCAGCUCUGCCCCACUGUGGGGUGUUUUAGCAGAGCCCCCACUCACUGUCGCCUCUAGCCUUCCUGGAUCCUGACUUCAGUGCCCUGUGACCUGAGUGUGUGUGUGUACGUGUCAUUUUUCAUGGUGAGGAAGCCACAGUCAAAGCCAGCUAGAUUUUCUGGGAAGGCCUGGCUGACCAGCUGCCUGCCCUUAGGACAGUUCACCCUAGCCUGCCCUCCGAGGCCACACUGAAGCUGCCAAGUGACUCAGGCAAUCUCUCCUCAAAUGCUUACCUAAUCUUCCCAGGUUACCGCAUUCCAAAUACUGGACCUGAAAGCCAGAGACAGACACUCACCUCUGUCAGGCUGCAGUGGGGUUUUGGUCACUGUCCAGCUUACUUUAAAUACUACAUCUCAAUGGAAGAAACCCAAAAUUGAGCAGCAAAGACAAUUUUUGUCCUUCCACUUGUUGGGGGAAAUCACUUAUGAUAUGAGAGAUUUCUUUUAAAAAACAGGAUUUGCAACUUUCCACUCUAAUGACAGUGACAUCACACAGCAUAAGGAAAGGCUUGCAGGAAGCACACCAAAAUGCUAACUGCCUGUGUGUGCGUGGGGAGGUCAUGAUAAAGCCUUUGCCUUCCUCUAUUCCACUUUUCCUGGGACUUCCACUACUAUCACAGAAAAUUAACACGUGGAAUCUUUUUAAGCUCCGUGUCUGUCGGGGAAGGAGACAGCUCGGGACGAGUGGUGUGGAACAUGUCUGUUGUCCACGUGUUCAGGGCCUCAUCUGUGUGGAGUGGAGGUUUCUGUGGGUUACAGGUUCUGUUGAAAUGGACCCUGUCCCCCAAACCCCACACCUUGGCUUCUCCAGGGCCCAUCGCCCAGCACAGAGGGCUGCGCCUCGGGCCGUCCCAGCCUCACUCCAGCCCCAGCACUGCCCAGCCUCACCUUGUACAGGUCCACAUACUGGGGGUGAGGGAAGUGGAUCAUGGUGAUGAACACCUUGACACAGUCACUCCUCAGCCCGUCCCGGUACAGGUUCUCCGCCAGCAGCCGUGCCACGAAGUUCUUGCCUGUGCCAGACCAGCCGUGGAACGACAGAGCCAGGGCCUUGUCUGGCCGGGGCAGCUCCAAGUAGCUCUUCACUGUUGUCAGGACCAGCUCCUGGGCCAGAUGCUGGCCGUGCAGUCGCACACUCAGGUCCGACUGUAGGCCUAGGGGUAGGAAAGAGGAGGCCACAGUGAGAGGUGCACACAAGUGCAGUCCCCACCAGGAUCAGCAACAGCCGAGAGAGUGAACACCUCUGAACAUCACUGAGGUGGGAUCACUUUGGCCUCAGAACAAGCCACUGGGCGCACGUAGCAGCAGAAGGGAUCCGAGGGCUAUUUUCUGAAGAAUUUGAGAAGUCACCAUUGAACUUAGGGAGAGAAUGGAUUCAUCCUUUCUGAAGGCCCUGAAGACCCCCAAAAUGGUUGGGAGAGUCCUAUCUGGAGGAGGAACCUCACACCCCAUGCUCGCAGUCACUCCCACCUGGAAGUUUCAGAACUCCCUACAUAUUUCAUGGAACACUCUCAUUUUAUUCAUUUUAACUCAAUUUAGUAGACACCUGUUGGCAGUGUGUGCAAAAUCUUCUGGUAGGCUCGCUCUCCUCUCAGCCAUGAGGCUGCAGAGUUUGGAGAUGGGGGCCAUGGUGGGGACAGGAGAGUGCUGCUAGCUGGGGGAAGGAUGAGGAAAGGUUCCCUAUACCUUAGCCAUUCCCCUGAACUGCCUCCCCUUCCCACAGAUCUCUAUCCCCUUAGAGGUAUGCAAGGUCCAACCUGUGAAGUUGUUGGAGACCCUGCAGUCCCCAUGGUCACAGCAAUCCCGGAAGCUGCAGUACCACGUGGUCAGGAUAUCCAGGUACUGCUGGCCCAACAGGGGAAGGCUCCAACCUGGAAAAGGGGGGGCUGUGAGACACACACACAGCAUGGGGCCCACGGAGCCUGCCCUCCCUGCCCACGUGGCUCUUCCAGUCCUUUGCCCUCCCUCCACAGCCUCUCGCUGCUCUUCCCAGGACCUCCCUUGUGCCUGGGUACCAGUGGACACCUCUAGCUUUGCUACUGAUGCAGCUCCAGGAAAGGCUCGGUUGACUCAACAAACAUGCCCUAGGCACUGUGCCAGGGUGGCAAGGAGCCCAGAGCCCGCCUGCGAGGAGCUGGCCACCUAGUUGGGGACAGGCAGCUGGUGAUCAUCAUUCUUCCUACUUGCUCUGGAUUCCAAAUCUGAUCAUAGCCAAACCCAAAGGUCUCUCACUCUUUUGCCGAAUGUUAAUUUAAAUAUACCCAGCAUUAGCAAAAACAAAGACCAUACCCUGGAAAUUAGAAAUCUUUAACUAAAGAUGUGUAGAGCGCCAUUACAGUACUAUUACCAGAUCUAGAAUUGUUAACAGAGACCGGAAAAAGCCUCAGAGAUCAUCUGGUCCACGACAGGGACAGAAUGGGAACUAGAACUCAGGUUGGGACUCCUGGCCCAGGCUCCACCUCCGUCAGCCACAGAGGAGGAAAAGGGACUUGGGGUGUGCCCAACGGGACUUUAAGCCAUCAAGGCGUGAGCUGUCUGGAGGAGUCAGCUACCAGCCAGGUAGACGAGGACUGCCAGGCCCAUCCUCUAAGACGGCUGUACCAGGGGCGAGGGUGGCAGGGGCGAGGCUUCCUGGUCCUCCCGGGACUGGGCAGCAGAGUCAAGGUGGCUGCUAAGGGGCCUGCAGGUGGUCCUGAGGCUGCUGGCCCCGGGCAGGUGCGCUGGGGCACAUCUCACCCCCGGGUCUUACCCAGGGCCCCCGCGGGGGCCUCCUUGUCCAGCGAGCAGGUCUUGGGCCACACGCGGCAGCUGAAGAGCGCCCAGUACCGCCUGGAGAGGGCGCCGGCCGCCCUCACCCACUUGCGCAGGUCCCGGAAGGGGAGGGACGGCCAGGCUUGUCCUGAGCAGGGCUCCUCGGCCUCCUCUCCGGGCCCAGCCGGGUCGUGAGGCUCCAGUGCGCCUGCCAGUGGCGGCGGCGGCGGCGGCAGCAGCAGCAGCAGGAGCAGGAGCCGGAGCUGGCUCCGCAGGCCGCGAGGCAUAUCCGGCUGAGCUCCCGCCGCUCCGGCCAGGCCUUGCUCAGCUUGUCCGGUCCGGGCUGCGGGAACCCACUGGCACCGGAGCUUCCCUUCCGAGGCUGAAUCCAGGUCGGCUGGGGAUUGGAGUUGCCGCAGGAACCGCAGCCCCACGUGACCCGGGGCGAGGCGGCGCCCCAAACCGAAACCUAGGCUGGCGCCGCCCAUCCCGGGGGCUGGCGUCCAGUCAGCGGCCUAUUCUGAGCUGACUGGCCACAAGGGUGAAGUGGAAAUGGCCCGUCAUCACCCUUUUACUUUCUGGCAGCUCUGCGGGCCCACGGAGGCCUACCCAAUGUGGGCACCCUCUGUGCCCGCCCGGUGCCAACCUUUUAGAGGAAACCGGAGCACCCACUCACCAGAGGCUGGGUUGGGUCCGCUGCGUGGAGAGGAGGCUCUGAGAGGGAGGCCUGGCUCCUCCACGAAGGGAAAGGAACAUGGCAGCUCGUCACCAGCAGGUUUCCCCAGCUGGGCAUCGGCACAAGCAAGAGGAAGCUGUGGGCUCCCAUCUGGAGACGUGGGUUUUGGAAACUCGCAGAGUCAUGGGGAAAUCAUAAGGGCUCAUGUCGAUGUAAUCAGGUCUCAUUAAAAAGCAGCACUGUCUGGCAUUUCCGAGGCUGUGUUUGCAAUUUUUAAGCGCUUGUGACCAUGAGCAGCUUCUGACACCACUGGCAAAAGACCCGAGGGCCGUUCCCCAGCGCCUUUCCCAUACCACGCGCAUCCUGCCAGGUUAGAUUUCAGAAGAGCUUAAAGCAUUUUUCUGUCGCCUGACUUACUGAAUUCACUGGCCUACAGCCACCUUGUCUUAAGAAGAAACUGCUGUCUAGAGUCCAGGGGACUUGGCUAUUGUCAUAGGCUCAAUGGCUCUGAGGUUGGACUCUCCCGCCAGUAAAGUGAAUCCUAGCGCCAUCUCUCACUAACGUCACAAGCAAAUCGAUUCACCUGUUCCUCCCGGUCUCUGCUUCUUCCUCAGCAGCUCACCGGGUCUUCUUUCAGAAAUCGGCAAGUACCUUAGUUAGGAUACGAGAGCCAGAUUGUAGAGUACUGUUAUCUAAGUAUAUUGUACAUCUUAGCCACUCAGAGUGAUGUCAAAAUUGAACCCAAACCUUCCAGAGAACAGUGCCCAGUCCACAAGUCCAGCUCAUGAAACCCUUCAGGGGACACUUACCAAGGAACAUGCUAUACUUCCUCAGAAAUUGACAACAUUAACUCAUUCAGUAAAUGUUCGCGUGUGAAUGACAAUCUAAUAUGCUGGUUAACUGGCCCUUACCAUUUUCUGUAUGUGACCUUGGGUGUUACUUAACUGACCU